CGCUCACCUCCUCCCAUUCAAUGAUUCACUGAUGUGUGUAUGUGUGUGUUGUGGGGGCAGGCCAACGGAAGCGUCACUCCUCCCUCACUCCCUCACUCCCUCAUUCCGACUUUCUCUCUUUUUGGCCGGUCGGUCGGCAUUAAUUGUGUCGUGUCCAUGCAUGUGCAUGAGAAGCGGUUUCUCCGUUCUUUCCGACUCGACUCUCACUUGUUGUCUCUCUCGCUGUGAAUCCACCCACCUCACACUGAGUGACGACACUGCUGGAAACAGCCGCCCGCCCACUGAGUGGUUUAACAUUUGACGUCACAGCACACCUUGGGUCAAUCAACACAGAGACAGACGGAAAAAUGGCCGGCCCGUCCAUCCGCUCGAUUCAUCAAUACAGCCCUUCCCCGCACGCACAUAUGCACCGACCCACGCGACAAUCAGACGCCCCUCCCUCAGUACGUCACCCGCGCCCCUUGGACGAGACAAACAGCGACUUGUACACGUCAGAUUUGCCCUCCAGGUGACUCCUCAUACCCUCACCACCCUCACCCACCCUGGCCUUCUUGGCUGCCGACGGCACCACCUCGCCGUUCGCUGCUGCUGGUGGUGGUGCUGGCGGCGCGCUGUUGGCCGGCUCGGCGGGUCUUUUCUUGCUUUCGACCGCCGCUGAACCGUUGGGUGCUGGUGUAUCGUUGCUGGCUGCCGCUGCCGCUGCCUUGGCUUUCUUGGUCUUGGGGUUCUUGGCUCUGAUGGCGUCAAUCUUUUGCCUGUUGGCCUUGAGCUCGUCCUCGGUGGGCACCAGACACACCAGGUCCUCGUCGGUGUAGACGGCACCGCAGCUGAGGCACUUCUUGCUGUCGGUGGUGGUGCCGUCCUCCUGCUGCUUGCUCUCGCCCUCCUUUGUGUUGCUGCUGCUGUGGUUGUGGUUCUUGCUCUCGUUGCCGAACUGCUUGAGAGCCUUGUCCGACAGCACGCACCCGCACUUCCACACGAGCACCCCCUUGGCGUUGCCGUCCAUGUCCACCCUCGUAAUGGGACACACCAGCCGACCCGUCGAGCUGUUCCACUCCCCGCCCACCUCACGGAAGUCGCGAGACCCACGGAUGUGCUCCGCGUUGGGCGGCAGGGUCUUGUCCAGCAGACGCCUCAGCAGCGCCUCCUUGUUGUAGAGCUGACCGAGCCGGCAGGCCACGACAGGCGGGGAGAGCUUCUCCUGGCUGACAGCGCAUGUGCCCCACCGAAGUCGCCGCUCGGUGGUGGUGUCGUACUUCUCGUCGCCGGCUCGGACCUGUGUGUUGGGCGUGUAGCCCAUGCCGCCGAGAUUGCGGGCGAACUUGUAGCCGGCUGUGCGGAUCAUGUCCGCGCGGCCGGGGAUGGAGCCGCCGUCGCCUCCCAUCCUUGGCUACGCUGUCCUGACGGAUGUAGCUAUCACUGGGGUGUUCUCCUGCAAGCGAAACACACGCACAGAAGAGAGAAUGUCGGUGUCUUGUGUCUUGUGUCUUGUGUCCUUUGACGCUUGCCAAUCUAUGCUUGUGGCUACCUUGAGAAUUGUCUCGAGGGCUGCGAUGACGUAGCAAAGCCUCAAACGCUGAAUUCAGG